AAAAUAAUGACAGCUGUUUGAUCCAAAGAUGUUUUACAAUGAAAAAACAGUGCUAAUAUUUACAAGAAGCAACAUUUAAAUGGCAGGUUUUAAAUAACAUAUACACAGACACCCCCCACGCACACAGGUAGCCGGACUCAGGGCCUGUAAUCAUAGAAAAGACAGAGGUAAAAGUAUCUCAAAGGUUUGAGGCCAGUCUGGUCUCCACUUUGAGGCCUUGUUUCCAAACUUACAGGUUUGUCAUCUCACAAUCAAGGUGCUUUAAUCUUGAGAGGGCCAUUUUCCAUAGGCUACAAACAGGAGGUGUUUCCCCCCCCCCCCCCUCUCCCUAGGCAAGGGUAAAGUAUUCUCUGUGUCUUUGACCAACUCUGGAUUUUGCGUUUGGAAAGCUGCUAUCCAUCUGCAUUAUUCCCACUUUAUAAACAGAAGUCACAGACUAAAUGUUGGGCUGAGAGGGAAGUCCUGGAUCUUUGCCCAACUUCACUGGGGGUAGGGUGGGGGCUCAACCAGGAUACUAUUUCCUCCUUCGUGACUUAGUAAAGGUACUUUCCAAUCUCCAGGAAGGUGACCGAACAAUGUCGAGUGCCACUUUUCUCUCCCUUAGCCCCACGGAAACGGACCUCACCAUGACCGCUGCUGUACAUAUAAUGAAAACAACUUGGUGGACGGUGUCUACUGUCUCCCAGUAGGGCACUGGAUUGAGGCCACCGGGCACACCAACGAAAUCAAGCACACAACAGACUUCUAUUUUAAUAUCGCAGGCCACCAAGCCAUGCAUUAUUCAAGAAUUCUACCAAAUAUCUGGCUGGGUAGCUGCCCUCGCCAACUGGAACAUGUGACCAUCAAACUGAAGCAUGAAUUGGGGAUUACAGCUGUCAUGAAUUUCCAGACCGAAUGGGAUAUCAUCCAAAAUUCGUCAGGCUGUAACCGCUACCCUGAACCCAUGACUCCAGACACUAUGAUGAAGCUGUACAAGGAAGAAGGCUUGGCCUACAUCUGGAUGCCCACGCCAGACAUGAGCACUGAGGGCCGAGUGCAGAUGCUGCCACAGGCUGUGUGCCUCCUGCAUGCCCUUCUGGAGAAUGGACACACUGUGUAUGUCCACUGCAAUGCUGGGGUGGGCCGCUCUACAGCUGCAGUGUGCGGCUGGCUCCACUACGUGAUUGGCUGGAGUCUGCGGAAGGUGCAGUACUUCAUCAUGGCCAAGAGGCCUGCGGUCUACAUUGAUGAAGACGCCUUGGCCCGGGCACAGGAAGACUUUUUCCAGAAGUUUGGGAAGGUGCACUCUUCUAUAUGCAGCGUAUAGGUGACCAACCUGCCAGUUGUAUGGUUAGUGGAAGACCUAUAGACAAAGACCAUAUCAGAACCGAGGGGACUGAAACCUCAGGUCACCUGGAGAUAGCUUCUGUUGCAGUGUGGUAGGGCUUUUUGAAUCUUUCUCAUGUGGCAUGCAGUUUCGUUAUAAAAUAUUUCAAAGGUGUCAUCUGGGCAGUACAAUGUAUGCCCACAGUUGCUGCUGCAACAGGCCAGGGUCUUUGGUUACAGGCCCUACACAGGUUGUUAUGGAUCUGUGAUGUUUUGGCAUGCAUAAGACAAGAGAGGGGUUAUGUGGAUUUUAUCACAACUGUGAGUGAAGCACACACACACACACACACAUGGCAUGUGCACAUAUGCACAAACACAUGCAGUUUUUUUUUUUUUUUUUUUUUACUCAACUGAAAUUGUAGUCAUUUGCUGGUGGAAGGGGUAAAUAUAUAAACCUUAGUAUGAUACAGAAAGAGCUCUCCAUGGGCAUAAAACAGUAGUUUUCUGUAAUUUUCUUCAUCCCAUUUCAGAGUUGUUAACAUCUCCGAGACACCAUCCUCCUUAUUUUCUGUCUUCCCAACAGGAGUAGUUAGCCCACUGUUUUUUUUUUUUUCUUUAAGUAUAUAUUUUUUAUUUUAUAGAUAUAUUUUUUUGUAUAUAAGUAUGCAGAUGUACCAGGCUUUGGAUCCCCUGGAACUGGAGUCUCAAAUGGUUGUGGGUGUUGGGAACUGAACCCAGAUUCCUGCAACAGCAAUGGCUCUUAAUCUCUGAGCCAUCUCUCCAGCCCCCCUUUCUCUUGUCUUUUAAUUGCUAUUUUCCCCCUCAAGGCAGAGUUUGUAGUACUCAUUGUAGCCUAACACACAAAGGUCAGUCUUUAACUCAUGGUAAACAUUCUGCCUCAGUCUCCCAAGAACUGUGUAUAGUCUCCCAUACACAGCACCACCAUUUUCCAGUGUAGGUUUAUUGAGCAUAACUGGCUUGCUCCAGUCUCAUGGUGAAUAGGAACGAGAUGAAGUUUGUAAUUCAACUUAUUUGAUUCAGUGUUCUUUUUACUGUGAUUAGUUUUUCAGCAGACUGUCAUGGAUGUAGCUUCAUCUCUCUCAGGGUAAAGUUGCUACCCCUGUGGUUGUUUCUACAGUGAGAAAAGGGGCAGUGUUCUGAUCACCUGCCAGAGAAUUUAGAAAAACCAUUUUAUUCCCCUUAGCCUCCUUUAAGCUAUGGUGUGUGAUCUCAAGGCCAAUUUAUAUGAACCAUAGUUUGUGAGUGGAAGGAGCCUGAGGAGACCAUGUCCACAGAUCAGUGUUGUACAGCUAGGGGCUGACACUGGUUCAAUACUCAAUUCAGUAUAACACUCAUUGCUGUUCCUCCCAAACCUGUGGUGUAUUCCCUUACGUUUUAUCAGAAGUGUAAAUAUCAGCAAAACUUUGUCUCCCAGUAUAUACAAUCUAGAAACAGAUCUGUCUUUUGUCCUCUGGAAGACAGUCCCCAAGUACAACUGACAUUUUAGGACACAGAAGGGCCUUACCUCUAGUUGAGUGCCGCUGUGUUUUGGUUGCUUUCCUAUCUCUACUGCCAUGACAGUUCACUCUGGGAAGGGUCAUUGUCUCUGUUCAGAUGGGGGAAGUGAGGCCCAGAGGGGUGAAGGAAUGUGUCCAUUGCCUUUGUCAUUGAUGGAGGCCACAGAUGAGGUGCAAAGCUAAGUUAAUCUCUCAGAUCGCACACUGUCGAGAUGUGUUUCCUUCAUUUCAUAAGCAUGUGUUCAUAGAUAGCAGAGAUGAUGAUUUGUGAGGCAUUUUAUAAGCAUGUGCUCAUAGGUAGUGAGGUGGUGAUUUGGGAGGCAGAGGGGACAAGAAGGCCACAACCCGGGUUCCCGUUGUGCUCAGAAUAGGGAGCCAUGUCUCUGCAUGAUGGCACCCAGAGGAGGUAGCAUAGGAGAGAGAGAUGUUUCAACAUGACAGCAAGACCCCCAGGAGGUGGCAUUUGCUUUGGACAGAGCACUCUACAAGAAAUUUUUCUCCUAUAAUUACAAAGUUGAGUCUUUAAACCAGCAGCGAGUGAUGUUCAGUCUCUUCUACAAAAUAUAGUUAGAUGUAGCUCUUUUGACUAAGAACCAAUUUCUUAUGUCAUAUGUAUUAUGUACAAUUUCAUUUUUAAUGAAAUAUUUAAAUUAAUAUAAUAGUGUGUGUGUGUAUGUGUGUGUGUGUGUGUGUGUGUGUGUGUGUAUGACUUCAUGUCUUGAGAAACCCAGCUAUACAAGUGCCACUGUAAAUGUCCUUUUUCAGGUGGCUUUUUCUCUAUGGCUCUGAUAAAAUUGUUGAGAACUAUUGACGAACAUUUUAGAAUGACCCCAUUUGCCCUCAGUGAGUGGAUUGUCUACUGUAGCUCAAAAAUCACCUGGGAGUUUUGCUAAAUAAAAGCAUAAAAAAGACCUUUGUGCCACAGAAUUGUUUAAUGCUGUCAACUUAUUCUGAAAUCUGAAAGAACACACUUUUUUAUUUGUAAAAAGGGCACUCAGCUCAGCACAGUCGCUUUUUCUUUGUUGUCCUUUCUCAUUAGCCUAUGAGAAAGGGUGCCUGGCAGACAUCCAAGAUGGAAGCACCACAAAGAGGUGAAGGUAAGACUCAAGAAUGUUUGGGGGAGACCACAGAAGAGUGUCUCUGGUGACUCUCAUUAAACUCCUCCUUGGGUGUGGGUAUGUGUGGAGUGCUGGGAUGGAACUCCGGGCUUCACAAAUGCUAAAGUACCCUUAACACUGAACUAAACCUCCACACCAAUGAAAACCUCACUCAAAGAAUUCUCACAGGAUAUCCUUAGAAAAUCUCAUGCUUGGUUAAGGAACACCAAGGUACCAAAAUACUGUUACUAUUGUUUAGACUCCAAAUAUGUCUUUUUAUUUUUGUGAGCCAAAAUUGGUAAGAAGAAACAAA